AUGGAGCUCAGCUACCCACUUAUGCGUGUGCCUUUCGAAGGUGCCACUAAAAGCUUUCGUCUGUAUCAAAAAAAGAUGACGCGAGAGCUGACACUGGUCGUGGCACAGAUUGAGGCAAUGGACAGCAAUGACAGUCAGCCGCCAGGCCAUCGAAUGGACGUUGAAGCGGCGAUCAAAGAGCUAAGUGAGCUGGCUCAGACCUUGCAAAGACUGAAGCAAAGCGCCGAGCACAACGUGCUGGAGCAACAAAACAACCUGGAAAACUGUGUAAAGCGCGCGCAAUACCUCGAGACACUGCAAGAUAUAAAGAUCGGAGGUAAAAUCUCGAUGGUCGCGCGUCAGAACGAUCUCGGGUCUAUCAUGAAUGACAGACUUGUUGCCGACUACUUGCUUGGACAAGGAUAUCUUGAGAGUGCCAAGAUAAUUGCAGACAGUCAUGGCAAUAUGGACUACUUGCUCGAUUACGAUCUUCAUGCAACAUGCCAAGCGGUGCUAAAGGACUUGCGAGAUUUUCAUACACAAAAGGCGCUUGCGUGGUGCUCAGAGAAUGGCACACGACUUCGGCGUCUGCAAUCAACACUGGAAUUUCAUCUACGACUGCAAGAUUUUGUCGAGUACGUGCGCUCUCGCAAGCCAUUGAAAGCUGUUCAGUACGCGCGUGCGUACCUUGCACCUUUAGCAAUUCAAUCGGACAACCAGGAUCUUCGUGAUGCUGCGAUCGGUGAAGUUCAGAUCGCUAUGGCUAUAUUGGCCUUUGAGUCGCCUGAAAAGUGCGGUAUUGAGGCGUACGAAACGAUUUUUGCGACGGAUCGAUGGCUGAUACUGGAAAAAAUGUUUCGCAAGACUUUUAACGACGUUUAUGGAAUACACGACCCGCCGUCGCUGUGUAUCGCGCUGCACGCUGGGAUCUCUACGCUAAAUACAAGAGCAUGCCACCUUAUUCGAGACGCAAAGUUGAAGGCUCGACUACCACAGAGUGGAUUCCAGAGCAAAAGAAGACGCCGAAAAAGCGAAGGAGAUGACAACAGUGAUGGCAAUGAAAACAACUGUGGUAAUAAAAGUGGCGAUGAAUCGCUAGAGCCGAGCACAGCAUUACAGUCAAAGAGUGCUGCCUCUGCUCGAUAUAGCCAUGCGGUUUCUCGUAGCAGAAAACGCAAGCACGUUCGCACCGAGUCUCCAGUAUCUAUCUGUCCAGCAUGCAGUGAAGUUGGCAGCCAGUUGUGCAAAGGGCUCCCAUUUGCGUACCAUCCGCACUCACGACUGGUUUGCCGCGUAACGCAAAGUCUUAUGGACGAGCACAAUCCACCCCUUGUACUUCCUAAUGGUCGUGUGUACAGCAAACAAGGCAUUGAGCUGCUUACAGAACAAAGCACCGAUGGAAUGAUCAAGUGUAUGGACACCCAUGAUGUAUUUUCACCAAGUGACGUAAAGCCCGUGUACAUUCUCUAG